UCACCAUUUUCCCAUUUAUUCAUUUUCUACUAGUACCGCUCACCUUUUGAGUUUUGGCCCUUUUCACCUUCCCCUUUUUCUCUCUCUCUCUCUCUUUCUUCUGUGUUCACGCCGCUGAACCAAGCAACAGUUUCAGUGAUUCAGUCACUUGCAACAUGGCCAACCCCACCAUUUUCUGCUUAAACCAUUGAUGCUCACGUAGCUCAUGCCCUGUAGAAUCUGCUGUUGCUGUACUCUUCAACCUUUCUUUCUAUGUAAACAACACACUCAUAUCAUUACCUUUCAGUUCAGUUCACAGUCUUAACCAACCAUGGGUUGCUUACACUCCAAAACCGCUCAUCUUCACUCCCCUGAAGACCCUCCAACCGCAUUACCUGACUCUAAGAAACCCGAUCCAGGUAGUGGUGGGGAUGAUGUUGAUCAAGAGUUUCAGGUUCCGACAUUCAAAGAGUACGGUCUGAGUGAGCUUCGAAGGGCCACGAAUGAGUUCAGCACUGAUUACAUUGUCUCUGAGAGUGGUGAGAAAGCUCCUAAUGUGGUCUACAGAGGGAAGCUUGAGAACAAUCGUUUAGUUGCUGUCAAACGGUUCUCCAAACUGUCCUGGCCUGAUUCCCAACAGUUUAUGGCAGAGGCAGCUGGAGUUGGGAAAGUGAGGCACAAGAGACUUGUGAAUCUAAUUGGUUGUUGUGCUGAAGGAGAUGAAAGGCUCUUGGUAGCUGAGUACAUGCCUAAUGAUACUUUGUCCAAGCAUCUCUUUCAUUGGGACAAGCAGCCAUUACCAUGGGACAUGCGUGUUAGAGUUGCGUACCAUGUUGCCCAGGCGCUUGAUCACUGUAGCAUGGAAAACCGGAAAAUAUAUCAUGAUCUGAAUGCAUAUAGAAUUCUUUUUGAUGAGGAUGGUGAUCCCCGUUUAUCUAGUUUUGGGCUUAUGAAAAACAGUCGAGAUGGGAAAAGCUACAGUACUAAUUUAGCUUAUACUCCACCUGAGUUUUUGCGAACAGGCAGGAUAAUUGCAGAGAGUGUGAUCUACAGCUAUGGAACUGUUCUUCUAGAUCUUUUGAGCGGCAAGCACAUUCCUCCAAGUCAUGCUUUGGACCUAAUUAGAGGGAAAAAUGCGUUGUUGUUGAUGGACUCAUCCCUAGAAGGGCAAUAUGCAAAUGACGAUGCUACGAAGUUGGUUGAGCUUGCUUCAAAAUGUCUUCAGUUUGAGGCCAGAGAACGACCUGAUAUUAAAUUUCUUCUUACUGCAGUUGCACCUCUUCAAAAGCAGAAAGAGGUAGCAUCUCAUGUGCUAAUGGGCCUUACUAAAAAUACAGCACCAGUGCUACCAACCAUGCUUUCUCCUCUUGGAAAGGCGUGUGCAAGGAUGGAUCUUACUGCUGUGCAUGAUAUAUUGUUAAAAACAGGUUAUAAAGAUGAAGAAGGUGCAGAAAAUGAGCUUUCAUUCCAAGAGUGGACCCAACAAGUGCAAGACAUCUUGAACACCAAGAAGUUUGGGGAUAUUGCAUUUAGAGAUAAGGAUUUCAAAAAUGCAAUUGAGUAUUAUUCUAAGUUGGUGGUUAUGAUGUCUGUUCCUUCUGCCACUGUCUUUGCAAGGAGAGCCUUCUCCUACUUGAUGAACGAUCAGGCAGAGCUUGCGUUAAGAGAUGCCAUGCAGGCACAGGUAUGCAUACCUGAUUGGCCAACUGCAUUCUACUUGCAGGCUCUCGCGCUUUCAAAGCUGGGAAUGGAAACUGAUGCACAGGACAUGCUUAAUGAUGGAGCUGCCUUUGAAGCUAAGAGGUCUAACAGCUGGCGUGGUUAAAAUUCUAAUUCCCAGAUCUUUGCUCGCUAAACCAGCGUGGAUUGGCAUUGGACGAAUAUGCUAUUUUGCCAUGAUUUGUACUUGCUAGAAUAGGAAUAUGUAAAAUUGUGCUGUGUUAGGGGCAAGAGAAAGAAUUCUAGUACAAGAUGUUCUCAACUCAAGGAAUCUUACAGUAUAGAUUUUCCCAUACAAAUGAGUUCUGUAGAAUGAAUUUUCUCCAUAUGAAAAUAAGUUCAUUUAUGCCAUUAUGUUCAUGCC